AUGGCUUCAACACGCUCAUCUUCGCCGGCAAACGGCGCGUCCCCACCGACUUCGCCCCAACUAACACCACGGUCCAAGAUCAAAGCAAUGAUGGAUGCCGUGGACGUGAACUCGGAUGAAGAAGAUGCCAGACCGAUUGACCCGAAGAUAUUAUUUCAAAGGGUGGAAGAGACCAUAAAGAGCAUAAAAACCUCGUCGCCCACACAGAAGAACGACGGCGGCGACGAAGAGGAGGAAGACGAAGACGACAUCAUCAGGCCCAGAGGCAGACUUGCAGCGCGUAUGUUAGGAGCUGCAAGGUCACGACCAUCACGUUCCUCGAAUUCACCAGGCACCGUCCAAAAAAGUCCGAGGAAAUCCUUCCAGCGACAUGCAGCGCAAGAAGGAAGCAACCACGGAGAUGCUGGGAAUGACGACGAUGAGGAACUCAACCCUGCGCAUAGAAGACGGCGAGCACGAGCAGCUCGCAAUUCAACACCUGAGAGUACACUUCAGAUACAAGAUUCGAGGUCACCCGCGUCGCCAGGCCUAUUUGUCUCGCCGGAUCCAUCGCCCCAGAAGUCUACCAUAUCACGCCGAUCAGCCGCUGGUUCCGAUAAUGACACAGAUGAUGAAUUACCUUCUGAGCUCGGCAAGAGCGCGCGUUUCCAAGCUCUAGUGGCCCGCAAGCGUGAGGAACGCCAAGCAAAAGAGGCAGAAGAAGAGCGCAAACGUCAUGAACGUGCCAAGCGCAUGGUGGAGCAGGUUCCUGCCGACUCGGAUGUGGACGACGACGAUGUGUCAGAUAUCACAGACGAUGAUGGCGGCCGCAAGCUUACCCAGGAGGUUUCACGCCCUUCGCGCAAGGCGAGCAAGAAAGCACUGGAGGAGAUGAACCGCGAAACACAGCGGAUGAGUCGCAGUCUACAACUUACACACGAGGCGAAGACCAAAAAGAAAAUAUCGAAGGCUUCUCUAUUUGAGAGGUUUCAUUACAAGCCUCAGGGAUCGAGUGCUGGAGCGGCCACUGUCGCGAGUGACAAGCUGGCGAGCUCAAGCCGGCCAUCCACACCUAUCUCGGCAGCUCAGACUGAUAUCGAUAUGGGCGAGGCUGCAAGUCCGCCUAGCUCGCCACCUAGUGUUGUCAAGAAGAUUGCGAAUGCGAGCCUCGAAAAUGCAGAAGAUGCUCCGGUUGACAGUGCCAUAGGAGAGGGCGUGGACGGAGAACUCCCUGAUCUUCAAACCGCCUUGACACAAGUCAAGAAAAUCGACGAGGGCAAGGGCAAAGCCACGCUGGCAGAUCUUUCCCCUGGAAAGAAACAGAAAGCAGCACCAGUGAAGCCUAAGCGCCAAUACCGCGUGAAGAUGCCCCCGGUACAAGCCAAUCACGUCAUGAUCGACUCGGAAGACGAGCUCCAGAUCACCGGUGGCAAGCAGAACAUACUCGACGUUAUCCUCCAACGCUUGCCUGCCAAGAAGGCACAAGAAUCCCGCGGCAUGCAUGCUCUCCGCCAAUUAGCCCAUCUGUCGUCCCCUCCCAAAGAUUACCGCAAACGGAAUCAGAAGCCGGCCAUGACAGUUGGCGAACUGCAGCUCAGCCUUCAGCAACUGGCCCGCGCCCAAGCGAAGCUGAGACGUGAGGAAAAGAUCGAAGAGCUGAGGGCCAAGGGCCAUGUUGUACAGAGCGCAGAGGAACGCGAGCGAGAGAGGGACCAAAUCGACGACAUUGUUGCCAAGGCGAUGAAGGAGGCUGAAGAGAUCAUGGCCAGGGAGCGCGAGGACGCCAAGAAAGCAAAGAAGGAGAGUCGGAAGAACGGCGAGGAGGACCCGCUGGGUUGGGAUGACAGCGAUGACGACAGCUAUGACGGCAGUGAAGAGGAGGUGGAGCCGGAGGAAGUCAUACUCUCUGGCUCGGAAGAGGAAGUAGAAGACGAGAUGAUGGACGACAUAUCCGAAGACGACGAAGAGAAGGAAGAUGAGCCGACUAUCAGACCCAUGUUUGAUGAGGACGCAGAGGAAGAUGCUGCAUCUGAGGAUGAGAACACCCCGCAAGCUACGGCUAGCAUCGUCUCAGAUGAGGACAUGGACGACGUCCUUCCAACCUCCAGGUGUAGAUCUCGCAGAGCAAAAAACGUUCAGAUCAUCUCCGACGAUGAGGAAGAAGAAGAGGAAGAGGGUGUCGUACAGGCUACUCCGCGACCCAAAACAUCGCAUCCCAAAUCUCCCGCGGCGCCAAACACGAAGUCUCCCAAGAUACCUACCUCAGUCCUCCGUUCGGCGACCAAGACCUUCAUCCCCGGUCUACCCGUCCCAGCUGCUGGUCCAGCCGGUCUAGGUCUCACCCAGAUCUUCGCUGGGACUAUGGAUGACGAGAACAGCCAAGAGGCCCCGGCCAGCGGUUCGUCUCUGGAAUUCAUGCCCAGCUUUGACAACUUCCCCGACUCGCAGUUUUCUGCCACCGCGGGUGCCUCCCAGAAUGCCGACAAUAUGGUACUCGACAGCCAAACGGAGAUGCAGAAGACUGCACGAGAGACCCAGACGCAGGGUAUACAGCUCCGCUUCGAGCAGAGCCAGGCGUUCGGGUUCGACUCGCUGCUGCAGAUGGACGGCUCACAGAUGUCAGACAUACUGGACCUGGAACCUACGCAGGACGGUGGCUUUGCCGAUUACUCGCCACUGAAACAGCGGUUUGUUGAACCACCGUCUGGCACUGUCGAUACUGUCAUUCUUUCACGAAGCCCCGACGAGGCAGCGGAAGCAGAUUCGCAAACCUCGCCGCUUGUGAGGAAGAGAGGCAGGUUGAUGCGACGGGCUGGCCUUUCGGUGCUGAAUGAAGAAGAUUCAUCAGCGAGCUUACCCCCGACCGCGACCCCUGUCGCUGCUAAUCGCGGAGCCAGUCUUACCGCUACUGCCACAGAAAACAUUGAGGAGACGCAAGCCAUAGAGGAUGCGGGUGGCGUCUCGGCGUUCAAGUUGAUGCAGAAAGCAGCCAAGAGAGCAGUUAGAAGGCAGAAGAAGUUCGACGCAAAUAAGAGCAAGGCGAAGGAGCUGGUCGAAGGUGAGGCGGAGGAGUCUGAGGACGAGUAUGCCGGCCUUGGUGGCGUAGACGGCGAGGACUCGAGUGAUGAGGAUGAAGAGCUUCACAAACAGAUGAUUGAUGAUGCCGCGAGAAACGAUCUGAACGAGGACAAGCUCGCUGCUUUCUUUGCUGAUCGUGAGCGUGCUGCCGAUGCCGCAAAUGUUGAUAAGCUUUUCCGCGAUAUUACCACGGGAAUGCUGCGCAAGCGCCGGCGGAAUGGCGGCGGUAAUAAUGACUUCGACCUCUCCGACUCAGACGACGGCGGUGAAGCCCGUCGCAGAAUGAAGCGGAAACAAUUUGCCAAGAUGCAGAAGGCACUCUUUGCCGAUGAGAGGAUCGGCAAGAUUGCCGAGAACCCGCGCAACGCCGCCUUCCUGAAGAGUAUUGAGGACAGGAACAGUGACGACGAAUGGGACUUUGCAGACAACUUCGAAGAGAAGGAGACAUCACAGGAAGAAAGCCAGAGUACGGGUCAAGAGGCUCAGCAGGAAGACGAAGCUAUCCCUGACAGCCAGCCCCGUGCCACGGCGGUGAAUGUGGGUCGAAAACGCAUGCGAACAGAUGUCGAGCCUGCUGUCCGUCCGGCUCCUCAUCUUCGCCGGACAAAGGAUGGUACGAAGCCUGCCUCAUUGGUUGAUGUCCGCCGAUCUCUAUCUAGUCUCCUGGACGACUCGAGCAGCUCUAUCAUUCCGGCUACGCAGCUCGAAUCCGAUAGCGAGGACGAGUCCGAGUCUAACGCCUCAUCUAAUAAGGAGAACCGCCGUCCCGGCUCCGUGGCGGUUGUAGACCGCAUCAGCCUCAAGCGAUCUGGCUCUUCCAACCUAAGCACCGGGAGCAACGUUGCCGACACUUCGCGUCUCGCCUUCGCCGCGCCGACUACCUCUACCUCAGGAGCGGGCAUAUUCAAAGUCCCCGCUCUUCUUCGUCGUGCCACCACUAAUUCGUCGCUCAUCUCGAACACUUCAUCAACGACUCCAGUGGGAGGAAGUACAACAAAUACAGCCGGAAAGGGGGCUGGCGGGUUUGGCGACGAGGCCAAACUAAAGAAGAAUGCAGGGAAGCGAAGUGGGAUCAAUUACUUUGCGCGGGAGAAUGAGAGGAGGGAGAAGAUUCGCGAGUCGGAACAAAGAAGGGAGGCGAAGAAAUGGAAGGGAGUUGAGGGACGGAGUAAGGUUGUAGGGGGUCUGUUUGGGAGGGGGUCGUUUGAGUAG